AAAAUCCCUACUGCAACAACGUGACCAGCGGUCAUGUGACCCACCCAGUACAGUGCCCACGAUCGAAGUUAUAACCCAGUCCGAACCGGAAACAAUUGAGAGAGGAACUCUCGAGUCUCAUAACAUCCAGUCCCAUCAUGCCUAAAAACCCGCUUUUACCAAAGUCUAUAGUAGGCGUUUCUAGGGAGCCCGAACCAAAAACUCGCGGUGCAAACAGGUCCACGAAGGUCGCUGGCAAACUCAAAGUCCUACCGGACCAACCAACAUCAUCUACUACCCAAGGCAAAAUUUUGCCACGUCCAGAUGCUGAGGAAAGUCUAGGAACAACAGGAGAUACGGAUGACGGGGAUGAUGAGGACGAGGAUGAGUCAGAUGAGGAUGAAGGCGAGGAUGUCGAAGUACGGUUACGUCAAAUCUCCCAGAUUCCUCAGGGAACGGCCCGAAGAGAUGCACUGAGGUUGACAAAGAAAAAGGCGAAGUCACUGCCCCGUGUAACGGCAUAUGCGACGGCAAGUUCCUAUCGUCUGCAUGAACUUUCAAAGUUUUUCAAUGCCCGGAGGGAAUCCUAUCAUGCAGACCCCAAGAUUAUCGAUGAAGUUUUGUAUACUUCUUAUGCAUAUGAACCCCAAGUCAACCAAGAAGCAAAUGCGAAAUCUCAGCCAGCGAGUGGGGAUUUGUUGGGAAUCCCAGAACUAAAUCCCCUCAUAUCUGAAGCGGAAGACAAUGGACGCUCAUCUAACCGCAAGAAAAUCAGCAAAUUCCACACCGUUCCAACUGAGGCUGAGAUAUUCAUUUUUGCCUACGGAACAGUCGUCAUAUGGGGAAUGAGUGAAGCCCAAGAGAAACGGUUUUUGUCGUCCAUCAAGCGUUUUGAGGUUGAAAGAUUGGCACCAGACGACAUUGAAAUGGAGGAUCUGAAUUAUUACUAUGCAAACUACAGUCGGAUAUACAACGAUGUCAUCACUUUGCGCAAGGGAUCUGGUUACAUGACAAAGCUCUCUUUAUCGCAUGCACUGUCUCAGUCCGUCAAGAUAUCCUUGUUUGAGGAACUUAUCUCAAAUACCAUCGAAGACACGAAAGAUAUACCCGAAACAUUGUCAGAGACAGGGAAGAUCGGCAUGCCCCAUAAAGAAAUCAUGCGCAAAACUGGGGAGUUAUUCAUAUUACGGACUAACAUCAACUCUGUAGGCUCUGUCUUAGACUCGCCGGUAAGAAAAUAUUUGUUUGGAGUAUAUGGAAUUCACCCCUGCCCUAUUCUAGGAAGUAUUCUGGGUGAGCUGGGUUGUCCACGUCAAGUUUCAGCAUUUUUGACACCUUUUCAGAGCUUUCCCGAUCUUCAACCGUUGUAUGAUGCCGCGCGCAGUUAUCUAGAGAUUCCUCAGCGAAUCAAUCUUCUAAAUACACGAGUCGAGGUUCUUCAAGACAUGCUUCAACUUCUCAAGGAGUCUGUAUCAAGUAGGCAUGCAGAACGACUUGAGCAGAUUGUCGUUGCUCUUAUUGGGAUUGAAAUCGUACUUGGCAUUAUCACCAUUCUCGUGGAUCUCAUGGCUUGAUUUCUUGUAUUCAAUUCAUAUACCUCGCAUUUUCAACUACGGCGCUACCUGUAUUCAUAGAAGGCAACAUUCCCCUCGCUGAAUCUCAAGUCAUUUUCCGUGGUGGUGGUGUUGGCGACGUCUAGGUUCAUAUAUCUGGGAGUGAAGCAGAUCGUAUUCAUCGGCACUAGCAGCAUGGGCAAUCACCUAACUAUUUUACUAACUAGCGCGGGCGAGAAAAUGUCGAGAACUCCCAAGAUCAGGUCGAAACAACGCGAGAGAUUUACAACUUCUGCAAAAAAUAGAACGAUCCUUACUGGAACCAGUCCCGUCUCUGCUCCCUCAGCGUCUCUCACGACAGCCUUCUGACCUCGUUAUCAAGGGUUUGAAACAUGUCCUCAAAUUGUGUACCUGACAUGGGAAUGUUCGGGUAUCAAUCUGG